AUGUCUUCUAAUGCAUUACCUGUUGGUUUCUUUCUAUCGUCAGACACGCAAUACGCGUACAACAGCAGCACCGGAUACUGGCUUGAUCUCCACACCGGCGUUGUUUCCUACUACGACGCACAAACACAAACAUACAUCCCACUAGCAGCCGACCCCCACGGCGAACUCCCAGAUGAGGGUGUGUUUCGGCUAGUGGUUGUGGAAUCAGACUGUCUGCCCGUAGGCGGUUACGUGGAUAUCGGGGCAGAAGCAGGCCCCGUAGGCGCUGGGCUGGAUCCUGUGGGAGUGGGUAUCGGACGCGAUCGCAUGCAGGAGCUGUGGCAUUUGCGUGUACCGGAUAUCGCUGUCUCGCGGUACCACGCGAGACUGUAUCUAGGUGACGCAGCCGAGGGCUUGGAAGAUACAGAGAAUGGGCAGAGUGCGUGUGGGUCGGAGGACGGCGAAGUGGCCGAGCUCCCCGAACCCCCAAACGACAACGAAGAAGCCAGCAGUGCACUCUCCGAAGGUGAAUGCGCCGAACCCCACAGCAACCCCACGCGCCCACAGCCGAGCAUACGCAAGCUAUACAUUAUUGACGAGGGAUCCACCCACGGGACGUUCCUCAAUGGCCAGCGCCUCUCCGCAGCAAAAGAAGCCAGCACGCCGCGGCAGCUACAGCAUAUGGACCGGGUGUCCAUUGGGCAGACUACCGUGCAGGUGCAUGUGCAUGCGCAAUGGGCGUGUGCGAAAUGUACGAGCUCGGGGGAUAAUGAGAUCUGCUGCUGGGAGCCAACGGUUACUGCUGCCGGUGUUGCCGAUGAGAAGAAGAACCGCGUGGAUGGCGCGCCUGUGGGGUUGCGCCAGCAGCGGGGGCGCGUGGAGGCGCUGGAUGCGAUCAAGCGCAGGUACGCGGCGCCUGCGCCCAUGGGAGCUGGGCCAAGCCGCACGCGGGAGUACGUUGACCGGGCAAAGAUGCGCAGACAACAGCAGCAGGGCCAGGGCCAGGGCCGGGGCCAGGGCCGGGGCCAGGGCCGGGGCCAGAGUUUGGCUGGCAGAGAAGAGGCAUCAACCGCAAAAACACCGAGUGCCACAAAGCACAUGGAAAGGGGGCCUCCAGCUGCGGCUCCGCAGCCAAUUGGCCAGGAUAACCGCGGGUUUGCGCUGCUGUGCAAGAUCGGCUGGGUGCCGGGCUCUGGGCUGGGCGCCGCCGAGAGCGGCCGCGUGGAUCCAGUCGAGACCACAGGCAACGCAUCGCGCAUGGGGCUGGGCAGCACCGCGCAGCCACCAGCGACAGAUGAAGAUGCCAAACACAGGCUGGCACGGCUCACGCACGCACGCUUCCACGCAGCGGCGGCGGCAGAAUGCGACAGCGCUCAGCGGCAGCAGAAAUAA